GAGAUCCACACACAAAGAGGAACCCUGCAACAAUCUUUCAUUCACCUUCUCUUAGUCCCUCACGUCCUCACCCACGUUACACUUCCUCUUCUAAAGGGAAAAGGAAGGUGGGGGAUACAGUUUCUCGAGGACAAUGGAAAUUCAAUCAGGAAAUGGAGAAGGGGUGGCGAGCCCAGCGUCCUCAGGCAUCCACUCCCAAGGCCACCAUGGGCCACAGGUAGAGACAUCAGAAGAUCCAGUGCUUAAAGAGGACCUGCAAGCUGCUAAGAGGAUUGAAAGGUUUGACAUCCCGCUCGACAGUCUGAAGAGGAUGUUUGAGAAGUCAACUGAAGUGACAAGUGUCCAUGGAUCGCCAUCAAAACGAGUGACAUCCAGAAGUAUUGUGCUGCCCGAUCACCCACGAGAUAAGACAAUGGCCUUAUGUCUGGAUGACAGUUUCUCUGCAGAGGAACAGCUCAUCCAGGGGAGUCAGGCCCCAGACGCUGAUGACCGUGAGACCAGUGAGUCUGUGUCGCUGAAAGAGCGGCUGGCCCUGUAUCAGGCUGCAGUGUCCCACAAAGAAAGUACCAGCUCCUCCUCUGCAGCGGUAAUGGAUGAGUCUGAGGCCUGUUCACUGCCUGGUGGCCUGGCCAGUGUGAAGAAACAAUUUGAAAACCAGGACUUUGGCUCAUUGUCUUCCCAGUCCAGCAGCAACCAGUUUCAUUUACAACAGAGAUCUGUGCAGGAGGUGUCCCGUUCCUCCGAGGUGACGGUGAGAAACAGUGUCAGAGAAGCCAAUCCCUCCACAAGUAUCUUUCAGAAUCAGCAAGAGGUGAUCCAUGAUGAGAGUGUCCACCAUAACAAUGUAACCACCAGUCACGGAACUUACAAUGAAACAGUUAUGCUCACUGGUGGAGAGGAGCUACCGAAGGUUUCCACCCAGGCGUUGAAGCAGCAGUAUGAAAAGAACAUUGAGGAAGCCACACCCCCCAAUGAAAUUAAGGUCGAUAUGGAUUUUAACCAGUUUCAGUGGAUGCCAGUAAGCCAGUUGUCCAAAGCUUCAACAAUGACCAGCCACCAAAGCUCCUCCUCUGUAAAGACCACUGCCACAUGUGCAGUGUCAUCAGUGACACAUGAAGCAGAAGAGUAUUUUCCUCCUCCUCCUCCUCCGAUGAAUCUGCUUGAGGUACCUCAGGAAACCCAUGAGAGCAGUGCCCAGCCCCACAGGCAAGACCCCCAAUAUAAAAGCAAUGUUAACAAGGAGCAGUACUUUAAAAACAAGAGCAGGGCUGAACUAAAGCGCCUCUACAAGCAUAUUCAUCCAGAAGUUCGUAAGAACCUUGAAGAAGACUACCUAAGUCACCUUACUGAGUCAGAACAGACUCAGCAAAUGGUGGGGGAUGUCCAGCAGACAUGCUUUAUGUUUGAAAAUGAAGGCUCGAGUAGGAGUACGAGCCCUGAUCGAGAAUCUUUGGAGUGGGAUGAGAUCCUAAGAGGAGAAGUGCAAUCUAGGCGCUGGAUGUUUGAAAACAAGCCAUUGGACACGAUAAAAGAUGACACGCCUGAUGAGAAUGAGGUUAAGAAUAUUGCACAGCAAGAAAUCAUUGCUGGUAAAGAUGUAAGAUACACAGCAUGGAUGUUUGAGACUCAGCCCAUGGAUGUUUUGGGGAGUGAGACACUUGCUUCUUCAGAGGAGAUACAAAAGGUGACUGAUCUUGCAAGAGGUGAUGUCCGGACUGCUACUUGGCUCUUUGAGACGCAGCCACUAGACUAUCUGAAUAAGAUCUACCAAGAAGAUGAACAGGACACUGUUAUCACAAAAGACAUCACUGGAGGAGAUGUGAAAACUGCCAGGUAUCUCUUUGAGACACAGCAUCUAGAUUCACUGGGAAAAACAGAAACGAUUGAGGAAAGCCAUUUUCUUAGCCUAAAGUCUGAGCGAGAGGAGGUUAAAGGGGAUGUGAAGACAACCACUCGCAUGUUUGAGACUCUGCCCAUGUGUGUCAUCAGGGGGGAUUCGGGAGAGAUGCUAGAGAUCACAACCAUUCGCAGGGAGGAGACUGAGAAAGGAGACGUAAAGACGUCACGCUGGAUGUUUGAAACCCAACCCCUCGAUACUAUCAACAAAGACUUUGCUAAUGUCAAGAUUAUAUGUGGUAUUUCCAUGGAGGACAACAUUCAAGGGGGGGUCAAUAAGGGUAGAUGGCUUUUUGAGACAAAGACUCUGGACACCAUCAAGGAUGAGGAAUGGGAGACCACCAAGAAAAAAAGGGAAGAGAUCAUCGGCGCUGAUGUAAAAAAACACUGCCUGGUUUUUGAGACUCAGACUAUGGAUAUGUUGAAAGAUAAUGCCAAUGCUCGAUCUUUGGCCUGUGAGGAGAUUGUUGGAGGUGAUGUGCAAUCAGCAAAGCACCUGUUUGAAACGGUGCCCAUGGAAAAUCUCAAGGAUCUAAUUGACGUGGGGAAACUUCAGAAAAUGGUAGCAGCUGAAGAAGAAAAGGGCGAUGUGAGGCAUCAAAAGUGGGUUUUUGAAAGCCAACCUUUAGCGAAUAUAAGAGAAGAGAAAAAAGAAGUGACGCGAACUGUGAACAUUGAAGCUCUCGACAAAGGUGAUGUGACAAACUGUAAGGAAAAAUUUGAAAGUAUGGAUUUAAGUAAAUGUGAAGGAACGCAGAAAAUUCAAGUUGAGGGUGUCACAAGUGGAUCUGUGGAAUCUAACAGAGUUCUUUUUGAAUCUACACCUCUUUAUGCGAUGCAAGACAGCUCUGGCCAUUACCAUGAGGUGAGAACUGUAAGGCGGGAGGAGAUUGUCAAGGGAGACGUGCAUAGUUGUCGAUGGAUGUUUGAAACACGGCCUAUUGAUGAGUUUGAUGAAAGCCUUAAAAAGUUUCAGAUCAUAAAAGGUAUAUCUAAACAAGAAAUUGAGUCAGGGGAUGUUAAGACGGCCAAGUGGCUGUUUGAAACGCAGCAGCUUGAUGCCAUUAAACAUGUUGAUAGUGAAGAAAAGGAGACUAAAGAGGAGACUGAAAUUGAAAGAGGGGAUGUUAAGACUUGUAGGUGGCUAUUUGAAACACAACCAAUGGAUGUCUUAUAUGAGAAGGUUGAAAAGAGUGAGGUAAAUGUUGAGCAAGUGCAGAAAGGUGAUGUCAAAACGUGCACUUGGCUCUUUGAAACUCAGAGUCUUGACAACAUACGCGACCAUACAGAGUCAGAGUCUGAGACCAUUUUAAAGACCUGCACUGUGAAACAAGAAGACAUACAAGGAAAAGAUGUGCGGCUGGCUCGCUUUCUUUUUGAGACAGAGAAUCUUGAAAACCUAACCGGUGAGGACAGUAGUUCUUUUAAAAGGGUCACAGAAAUCGACAUUCAGUCAGGUGAUGUUUCCAGGAUGAAGUACAUUUUUGAGAAUCGCUCAUCAGACAUAAUGAGCUCCACCUCCGGGGAAACAAUGCAGCUGUUAAAGAUGCAGCAGGCUGAGGACAUCCAGAGGGGCAAUGUGGUCAAUUGCACCUGGAUGUUUGAAAACCACCCUAUUGAUACAAUCCAUGAUGAAUCCAAAGAGGACAGAGAAAUUCGAACGGUCACUGAUGUUCAAGGGGGUGAUGUUGACAAAGGCCGUUUCACUUUUGAGACGUUCUCCCUGGAUCAAAUUAAAGAUGAGUCCACUGAGCCUCAUAUUUCAAAACUCACAAGUAUUUUUAGAAAUGAUUUAGAGAAAGGGGAUGUAAAAAAUUACACCAUGAUGUUUGAGACCCAACCUCUCUAUGCUAUCCGUGACAAAGAGGGCUGUUACCAUGAAGUCACGACAGUCACCAAAGAAGAGAUAAUGAGAGGAGAUGUGGUGGGUUCCAGGUGGCUGUUUGAGACCAAACCUCUUGAUUCUAUUAGAGACUCAGAGGAGGUGUAUGUUAUAAAAGCUGUUACUGAAGAAGGAAUCAACAAAGGAGACGUUAGCUCGGCCAGAUGGAGGUUUGAAACACAACCUCUAGAUGAAAUUACAGAGGAAAUAAAAGUUAAGUCCAAAACAGUUGCACAUAUCCAAGGUGGUGAUGUGAGGACAAACAAGCAGCGAUUCGAGGCAGAUGACACAUCACAAAAAUACAUUCGAACGGUCAGUGUGAGUGAAAUCCAAAAUGGAGAUGUCAGAUCAGCCACGUGGAUGUUUGAAACCCAUGCAAUUGAUGAGAUUGGUGGCGAACGAGCAGAGUAUGAUGGUAUGGAGAGAGUGACAAAGGAGGAAGUGAUGAAAGGGGAUGUUAAACAGUCUGUGUGGCUCUUUGAGAAGCAGCCACUCGACAGCAUCAAAAAGAUGGAGGACACAGAGGUUUUGAUUGAAAGGGAAGAAAUCCCACAGGGGGAUGUAAGGACUACAACAUGGCUCUUUGAAACGACACCUUUCCAUGAAUUCAAUGAGAGGACUGUGGAAAAAACCGACAUUGUAGGUAAAAGCAUUAAAGAGACACUUGAGGAACUUUACUGUCAGAAAAUGGUCAAUUCACAAGGUAUCCUCAUUGAGGCAGAUGAAAUUGGCGAUGUUCGCAUGGCCAAGUACAAACUGAUGAACCAGGAGACUCCCCAAAUCCAAAGAGAAGAGAUUAUCCGUGGGGACCUGAGCAACAUCAUGUUGAACCUCUUGAAUCGUAGGGAGACCACUGAGAGGGGGAUAACUAUUGACAUUGAAGAGCGGGGCAAUAUCAACACCACAGUAGAGCAACUGUUCAACCAAGAGAGAGGCAGCAAUAUUGACAAAGAAGAAAUCCUCCAUGGGGACAUUCAGGAGGCCAUGAAAAAUUUGCUUAGAAAUGAGAGUUCUUCCAAACAUGGCAUUCUGAUUCAAGAGGAUGAAAAGGGAGACGUGAGGAUGACAAUAUAUUCCUUGUUGAAUAAAGGGGAAAGAGCAUGCAUGGAGAAAGAGGAUAUAAUUCAAGGGAAUGUCAGUAAAACCCUUCAUCGCCUCCUCUCCAACUCGGGGGCAGAGGACUCUAAAAAGAUAAGGGUAGGAGACAUAGAAAGGGGUAAUGUAAGCUUUUACACCACGUGCAUUGAGUCUGGAGCCUUGGACUAUUUGAAGCAACUUCAAUAUGGAACAGAUGAAACCGCGCAAGUCGUAGAAAAGGACUGCAUUAUUGGUGGCGAUAUUGAGGAAACAAAAAUCUUGCUUAGGAAGAAUCAGCAGGAGAUAGGCCGCACAGUGGCAAAAGAUGAUAUAGUUCCUGGUGAUGUAUGCAGCAUUGUUCAAGUCUUAAUGACAGAGCCCACUGUGACUUACAGAAACCUGGAGAAACAAGACAUUGUAAAAGGUGACCUUAGUGCAGCCUUGGAUUCACUGAGCCAAGCCAUCAAUCAGAAAGCGGCAAUAGAGAGAGAGCAGGUGGUGAAAGGAGACAUAUCCAUGACUUUAAGAUCUCUGGAGAAGGCUCAGUAUCAGCCCAAAGAAAUGGAAAAGCCAGAAAUAAUCAGAGGAGACAUUAGAAGUGCUCUUGAGUCACUUGAGAAGUCUGCAACUACAAAAAUGGAAGCUACCAUUGAAGAUUUAGUACCAGGUGAUAUCAAAGGAACCCUAAAGUCCCUGCAGGAGGCCAAACAUGCUGUUAAGGAAGUUGAAAGAGAGGAGAUUGUUAAAGGAGACAUCCACAUUGCUAUGCAAAGUUUACAUGAGGCCUCCAGUGAGAAAAAGACACAUCAGCAUCAAGUGAGUGAACAAGGGGAUGUUAAGGCAACCAUUCAGCUCCUCCUUGAGCCAACAACCAGCCCAAGGAUGCAGCGCCGGGGGAGCAUCGAAGGAGAUGUGAAAACAUCCAUAAAAUCACUCUAUGAAGGACAAGAAACAACUUUUGUGGAAAAAGAGGAAGUAUUAAAAGGGGAUGUUCAAGGCGCGAUAAAGUGCCUGAUGCAAAAAAAACAGUAUUCAAAACCAAAGCGCAUGCAAUCAAAAGUAAGGGCUCCGCAGAAAAAUCCACUUACUGUAAAUCAAGUGACACAUGAGCAAUUACUUGAAGAAAAGCAGAAGAGCAUAACAGGCAGUUCAGACACUGCUGUGAAAAAACUCUUUCAAAGCUGUGAGUCGCAAAAGCACAAUGAAAGCAAACUGAUGAAAACACAGGUAAUUACCAACGAGGCCUCUAUGACUGUAUCCAAAACAGACAAUACUGCUGGGGCCUUUCAAAAAAAGAGCAUAAAAGAGGAAAAGCCCAAAGUGCUGCCCCCACAGAAAACACAAUCCUCUAAGCCCAUUAUGAUAAGGACUAAGCAAACAUCUAAUUAUGAGCAAGCAAAAGCUAAAACAGCUGACAUGAAUACAAUUAAAUCAGUGAACAGCUCAUUGCAGACAAAUAUUUCAAACAAGCAAAUAUGUGAAACAAAGACAGUCCAACACGUACAGACGACCGUCGUGCAGGAAACGGCCUCUCAUAAAGAAAAUGUCACAAUAACUGAGCAUACAGCUAAAAAGCAGAUGGAGAAUCAGGCUUUCAGACAAAAGAAAAGCUUAAAAAACAUGAAAAGUGAUUCUCACAAUCUCGACAUGGUGACGCGGGGCGUGAUCAAAAAGGGUAAGCCAGAACUUCACUUCCCUCCACCUCCCUUAUCACCACCUCCUUCCUCUGAGUCUGAGCUUUCCCUUCCUCCACCACCAUCUCCAUUGCUGGAAAACCCAACAUCUUGCUUGUCCCAACCUCCCGUCGCAGCGCAGGAAAGUGACCUUCCACCACCACCACCGCCGCCGCCUCCUGUUGAAAGUAGAAAAUUAGAGCCAGACUUUUUUCCACCUCCUUCUCCAACCUCGUGCUCUGGACAAGAUUUCCUUCCUCCCCCACCUUCACAGGAAGAACUUAAUGCAAUGCCUUUGCCUCCUGGCACAAAUCUAGGGAAGUCCAUUGGUAAGCCUUUGUUUAAAGUGCCCAAACAACCAGAGGCACAAAGACCUGCACUUGUUAAACCAAAAUGGCAAAGAAACAUGCAGAAUCUAUUGCAACGUCCCACUCAGCUCCACCUUGACCAAGAAAAAACAACAAUAGCACCCUUCAGAAAUGUCAAAGUUCAGGAAGGUAUAACAGAAGCAAGCGAGCAGAAAGCACACAAGAUAAUUCAAUCAGACACAAAAAUACCAAACCUUCAUUCUGCUAAACUGAUGCAAAAAGCAAGCCCACAGCCACCCCAAAAAAUAUUUCUUCCCCCCAUGAAGUCGCCUCUGCCCCCUGAACCUGCUCCUGCACCACAGCCGAGGCCGUACGCUCACAAAUUUAAAACCCCUCUCAUGCUUGCAGAGGAAAAAUACCGUCAGCAGAGAAUGGAGAAUGAGGAAACAAGUACAGUCACAACUUCCACCUCGCCUCCAUUAAAUACACAACCCACCCCGUAUGUUGACAGUCUGCGGGUUUCCACAUUAAAUGGGACUGAAAAAGUAGAGACCACAGAAGCAGCAAAACUAAAUGUACAAGUUCCCAAAGAAGAAACUUCAGUACAACACAUAACCACCAAGAAAAUCCCAUCUCAGAUUCCUUUGAGCAAGCCCUUGACCUCUGUGGCAAGUAAGAAAGUAGCUCCAGGAUGUUCCAAUUUAGAUAGCCAGCAACUUUCCACCAAGAUCUCCUCAGGUAAAUUACUCUCUUCAAAAGUCAGCGUAAAAAAUCAACCAGCGCCCGUGCUCAAGACUCAACCUUUUUCUGUAUCCCAGUCAGAGCAUGAAACCUCUAAUGUAGCAGUCCAGUCAUGCACAAAUGUCGUCACGUCUUCAGUCACUGAGGAGCAGCAAAUUAUUAAGAAGUCCAAGGCCAGUAAUAUCGCUGUCACACACAGUGAUCUAUCUCAAGAAAAUAUACAUUUCCAAGGGCAGGUUGCACCCAUGCGGGAAGCCAAGGAUGUGAAAAAUGUCAAUGAGGUUUUGACAAAAGAAGGAAAAAUGCCCUCCUCUCAGCCCACAAAAAUUCCCAAGGUAACCCCAAGUUUCAAGGUGAGAACCUUUAAGAUGUCGGCUCAGAAAAAAGAUGAGAAAGAUGACACAUUAGGACAAAUAGAGGCAAAGAAAAGUGAAACGCACUUCCAGCAGCAGAUAAGCAACGUGUCACUGAGGAGUGAAGCAAAAUUGACUCAGGAAAGAAGCCAGGUGACAUCAUCAAUAACAGAAGUUCAAGUGAGAGAGACAAAAAAUCAGGUGCCCAUUAAGAAAGAAAGUCACAUGAUUUCUGGGAAACCCGUGCAUAUGAAUGAAACCAAAGAAACCCAGCCACCAGCAGUCACUGUUUUAAUGGCCAAGAAGGCUAAGACGUCGUCUGUGUCACAGGUUCAGCAGAGCAUGAGGGCACAGCAGGUCCAAAGAGACCAGGAAAUGGUUGUGACUGAGAGGGUGGUCCAGCAUAGCUCUCAGAGGCAAGAAGCUGCUCAUAUGCAUCAAAAGCAAAUAAAGCAAGAAUCGGCAGAAGCAAGCAAAACGCAGACAACAUCGGGAAAGUCAAAAAGUGACAUGUCUGUUCAAAUGACUUGUAUGGACCAGGCCCAUUCAGAGGAAAUGCCACAAUUAGAGAAAUGUCAUGCAAUGCAGAAGCUGCUCACUCAAAUGAAAGAGUUUGAGGGCACACCAAGCAAGAUCGACCCCACCACUGUCAGCAGGAUUAUAAGUGAUCUCCCUGACUGGCUGGUUGGCUCAGAUGAGAGAAAUAAUUUAUGUGGACUUGCAAAACAGUCAAAUAAGAAAAAGUUGAAAGAGAUGGUGGUUUAUUUGAAGAAUAUUAUUCAAGUUAAGCACACAAAUCUCGUGGAGAAACUGACAGCUGUGGAAAUGAAAGAGAAAGCGUUCCCUUCCCCACCACCCCCAGUGGCUCCAAAACCAGAUCAGGUCUUAAGUGGUGUGACUACAAAGUUAGCAAAAAUCAGCAUUGGUUCAUCUAAAACUGAAAAGAAGGGGUCUGAAGAAAAAAAGUCACUGCACGAAAGCAAAGUGCAACAUGAGCUGAGUGAGGCAGCACAUCAGAGAGUCCACUCCCCAUUGGCAAGCAUCCGCACUCCCUCUCCCACCUUCAUUAGCAUUGAAUCUAGAAGGAUAGAGUCACCGCUCAGAGGCACCCCGUCACCACCGCCUUACAAGUCUGUCGGAACGCCUCCGCCUCCAACUCGUAAGCAGUACACUGCCACAUCUACCUUCCGGGCCACACCAUCUCCCACCAUGAACCGCUCUGAGAAGCUGAUGAAAUUGAAAGACACUGCCUCAAAGGUUUCUUGCAACCCCAUCCCUCCUCCUCCUUUGGCGACACCAGAGUUGUUUGUGGAUGCCGGAGAGCAAUCAUCUCAGUGUAUCGUACAGGAUACUCCCACAGUGAGAAGUGAGCAGGUAUUGGUGAAUGUGGCAGAAGUGGGCGACUCCAUGAUGACAGUCAGAGACAAAAAGUGUUUCUUUGAGGAGGCCCAGAAAGCAGAAGAAAACAAGUCAUACCUUCGGAAGGAUCCAAUUGAUAUCCCUGAACGCCUUGAAGCUGAUACUGAGGAGAGUGCUCAGGUUUUGACUGCAGACAUCCUGAAAGAGGACCUCCCUAGAGUGGACAUGACAAAGCUGGUAAAUAAAUUUGAGUCUCCACAAGCAACCGUCUACUCCAGGAAAGAGCCAAUUGCGAUCACAGAGAGGCUAGGUAGUGACACUGAGGAUGCAGAGCCCAACCCACACGCCCCGCGAAUAGAAGAAAUGUCAACAUUCAACGUCAAAGCGAUAAAGAAUGUGUUUGAAAGUGGCGAGCACAGUUCUCAGGCAGCCCGAGACCUACGAGAACAAAUUGAAAAAAGAGAAACAGACUUUUCCCACUCUAAGCCAGUGGACCAGUCUGAAAUUUCCUCACUUGCUGAGGGGUUAUGCAGCAUUGAUGAUUUUGGGAACAUCAUGAGGAGUGAGGUGUAUUGUGGGAGCUCUGUGACCCGUGGCAAUCCUCCAUCCUAUGCUGAUGUGGUGAGAGGCAGAGUUCCAACAGUUGCUGUGCCCUCUGAUGCCUCUACCGAGGAGCUACUGAGAAACUUGCAGCAGUCUUGGGCUGAAAGCCAAGGAAGCUUACAGAAUGUGGGCUUCAGAGUCAUGGAGCAGAGGAGUUCACAGAUUGUCACACAUCAGCAGGAGACUGUCGUGAUGGAAGAUUCAAGUUCCAGAUUCCGAACUGUGCAGGGUGUGUCAGAAGAGGGUGUACCCGAUGGAAUCUCUGAUUGCAGACAAGCAAAACUUCCAUAAAAGCUGCUUUCGCUGUGAACAUUGUAGAGGCAAACUAAGUCUUGGCAACUACGCAUCUCUCCAUGGACGAAUGUAUUGCACGCCACACUACAAGCAACUCUUCAAGUCCAAAGGAAAUUAUGACGAAGG